AAAUUUCUACCAACUUAUUUCCAUUCCAAUAAAUUGACCUUAGUUUGUACAAAUUGUAUUACAACUACAGGAUAGUUGAUGAAGAAUGGUGGUAUUUGGCAUGUUGAUUGUCAAAUUUGUUUGUGUUUUGGCUCUUACACUCCUGGUUCAUGGACAAGAUCAAUCAGCUUUCAUUAGCCUUGAUUGUGGAUUGCCAGCAAAUUCUACUUACAUAGAUGAAACAACAACCUUAAAAUACAUUUCGGACGAAUCGUUCAUCGAAACAGGGGUCAUUAAGCCCAUAGCAACCGAAUUUCUUAGCAGCUUCAAUCAACAACAACGAAAGCUUCGGAGCUUUCCGCAAGGCAUCAGAAAUUGUUACAAAUUGGAACUUGUUAAAAACAAUAAAUAUUUAAUCAGAGCUACUUUCCUAUACGGAAAUUACGAUGGACUAAACAAGCUACCGGCUUUUGAUUUGUAUAUCGGACCGAAUAAAUGGGUGAAUGUGCAAAUCAUCAACGAGACAAUCUAUCCGAUAAAGGAGAUAAUUCAUGUUUCUAAAUUCAACUACGUACAUGUUUGUCUUGUAAGAACAGGCUCUUGGACACCUUUCAUAUCGACAUUAGAAGUCAGGCCUUUGCAUAAUAGCACGUACGUUUCGCAGUCGGGAUCGUUGUCGUUGUUUAAUCGUGCCGAUGUUGGUUCUUUAACCAAUCGAUUAGUCAGGUACCCUGAUGAUCCCUUUGAUCGCUACUGGCUUCCCUUUCAUUUCGAUAGAGGGACAAGUAUAAAUACUACAGAGACCAUCAAGUCCGGUACUAAUUUCUUCCGGCCACCAUCAAGUAUUAUGCAAACGGCCACGAUUCCGACGAAUGCUAGCGAGAAAAUAACACUCAACAUAGACACUCAGGAUAAUACCUUCCAAUUUUAUUUAUUUGCACAUUUUUCUGAACUUAUAAAGCUUGAAGCUAACCAGUCUCGUCAGUUCAAUAUUUCUGUGAAUGGCAAGGUCUUGGUUGGACCUAUUAUUCCUGCUUAUUUGUACUCAUUGACAGCAUAUAGCAUUUCAGCAAUUCCUGGAGGGAAAUUUGAGUUUGAUUUCUUGAAAGUUGGAAGUUCGACCUUACCACCUCUUCUCAAUGCGAUCGAGCUUUAUUCUGUCGUUGAACUCUCACAAUCCGAAACAAAUCAAGACGAUGUUAAUGCUAUUACGCAAAUCAAGUUAAACUAUAAAAUAACAAGAAAUUGGCAAGGAGAUCCAUGCUCUCCUCCGGAUUAUAAAUGGGAAGGACUUGAUUGCAAAUACAGUGAUACUCAUUCACCAGUAAUCACAUCUUUGGAUUUGUCAAUGAGUGGAUUAACAGGGGAGUUAAAUCCUCAAAUCUCCAAUCUGAAAUCAUUGGAAACUCUGGAUUUAUCAAACAACAGCUUGACCGGACCCGUGCCUGAUUUUCUCUCUCAGCUUCCCUUAAAAUCCCUAAACUUGGCAGGAAACAAUUUAUCAGGUAUAAUUCCGGCGAACCUCCUAAAUAAAUGGAAAAGCGGCAUACUCUCUUUAAGCAUCAGCGAAAAUCCACAGCUUUGCGAAGUAAAUUUAUGCAACUUAAAUCAGAAGAAUUCGAAGAAAAAGACUAAUAUUGUAGUUCCAGUUGUGGCAUCUGUUGCUGCCUUACUUGUCGCGGGAGCAGGAUUGACAAUUCUGUUAUGGCGGCUUAAAAAAAGAAAACAACAAGUGUCUGAAAAUGUUAAAGAUCAGAUAAGUGGAGAGCCAUUAGAGAUGAAAAGACGGCACGUGGCGUACGCUCAGGUUCAACAAAUUACAAAUAAUUUUCAGAGGAUUAUUGGUAAGGGUGGAUUUGGAACAGUUUACUAUGGUCAAAUGGAUGAUACGGAAGUAGCAGUGAAAAUGCUCUCUUCGUCCUCUGCUCAAGGCUACAAGGAAUUUCUAGCAGAGGUUAAGCUUCUUUUGAGAGUUCAUCAUAAAAAUUUGACAUCUCUUGUUGGAUAUUGUAAUGAAGGCAAUAAAUUGGCCCUAAUUUAUGAGUAUAUGGCUAAAGGAAAUUUAGGAGAACAUCUUUCAGAGGACAACACGAACAUUUUAAGUUGGAAAAGUAGACUUCAGAUUGCUCUUGAGGCAGCACAAGGAUUGGAGUAUCUUCACAAUGGUUGCAAGCCACCAAUUGUACACAGGGAUGUGAAAACGUCAAACAUUCUGUUGAAUAGUAAUUUCCAGGCAAAACUUGCUGAUUUUGGAUUGUCGAGAAUUUUUCCAGCUGAAGGCGGCUCUUAUGUUUCGACCAUUGUUGCUGGCACUCCUGGCUACCUAGAUCCUGAGUACUAUGUGAAUAACUGGUUAACGGAAAAAAGCGACGUAUUUAGUUUUGGAGUUGUUCUGUUAGAGAUAAUCACAAGCAAAACAGUGAUUUCAAAAACCAGAGUUCAUCUAAGUCAAUGGGUAAGUUCCAUGGUCGAAAAUGGAGACGUUCAGAGUGUCGUUGAUCAACGGUUGAGAGGCGAUUUUGAGAUAAAUUCAAUGUGGAAAGUUGUUGAAUUGGCAAUGGCUUGUUUAUCAACGACUGGUGCUGAAAGGCCGACGAUGAGUCAAGUGGUGAUCGAACUUAAGGAGUGCUUAGCGACGGAGAUGGCAAGGCAAGGAAACAACUCAUCUUUUUCAAUGAAUUCUGUCGAACUGAUGACUGCAGAUCUCUAUAGUGAAUUCACACCUAUGGCCAGAGCAAGAAAAAGAAUGGAGUUUUGCAUACUCCUUUUAAUCAAAUUUUUGUGUGUCUUAGCUCUUACAGUCUUGAUUCAUGGACAAGACCAGUCAGGGUUCAUUAGCCUUGAUUGCGGGUUACCAGAAAAAAACAGCUAUAUAGAAGAAACAACAGGCUUAAAUUAUAUCUCGGAUGCAUCAUUCGUCGAAACAGGCGUUAGUAAGAGUGUUUCGUCGGAAAUUCCGGUCUUUUAUCAGCCGUUACAGUAUCUUAGAAGCUUUCCUGAAGGUGUCAGAAAUUGUUUUAGUGUGGAACUUGUCAAAGACGUAAAGUAUUUGAUCAGAGCUGAUUUCGUGUAUGGAAAUUACGAUGGUUUGAAUAAGCUACCGGCAUUUGAUUUGUAUUUGGGACCAAAUAAGUGGGAUACAGUGAAAAUCACCAACUCAUCGGUACUUCACACGAAAGAAAUAAUACAUGUUCCUAAAUUGAACCACGUAAGUGUUUGUCUGGUAAAAAUUGGACCCUGGACACCUUUCAUAUCAGCAUUAGAGAUAAGGCCUUUGUACAAUGGGGCGUACAUGACGGUUUCUGGAGCUCUGUCACUCUAUCAGCGGUUGGAUAUCGGUUCAUUAUCCGAUAAAGUUAUCAGGUUCCCUGAUGAUGAGUAUGACCGUAUCUGGCUUCCACAUUAUUACGAGAACUGGACGAUUAUAAAUACUAUAGAGACCAUUAAUACAGGUCUUGAUAUCGAGUUCCAGCUACCAUCGACAGUCAUGAGUACUGCUGCCAUACCUGCAAACGAGAGUGAACCCUUGCAAUUCUUUUUAGAAUCUCAGGGUGAUAGCUACCAAUUUUAUAUAUACAUGCACUUUGCUGAAAUUGUAAAGCUUGAAGCUAACCAGUCCCGCCAUUUCAACAUUUCUCUGGACGGAAAAAUCUGGUACGGACCUGUUAUACCUCAAUACUUGUCUGCAUUCACUGUAUAUAGUGAUUCUCCCCUGACUCGAGGAAAAUACUCCUUCUCGCUCUUUAAAACCGAAGAUUCAAACCUGCCACCUCUCCUCAACGCGAUGGAAAUUUAUGUUGUUGUUAACCUCUCACAACUGGAAACAGAUGAAAAUGAUGUUGAUGCUAUCAUGAAAAUCAAGUCAAUAUAUAAAAUAAAGCGAAACUGGCAAGGAGAUCCAUGUGCUCCGAAGGAAUAUGCAUGGCAAGGUCUUAAUUGCACCUACAAUCGCACUGAUUCACCAGCAAUCACAUCUUUGGACUUGUCCUCGAGUGAAUUGACAGGGGAGAUACCUUCUGAUAUAUUAGAUUUGAAAGCGCUAGCAACUCUGGAUUUAUCAAACAACAGUUUCAGUGGACCUGUACCAGAUUUUCUUUCUAAAUUGCCCUUGAAAUCGCUGAACUUGGCAGGAAACAAUCUGACAGGUACAAUUCCAGCAGACCUCUGGGAUAAAUCGCAACGAGGUUUACUGUUGCUAAAUAUCAGCGGAAAUCCAGAGCUCUGUAAAUCCGAUUCCUGCAAUAAAAAUAAGAAAAAGAAGAAUGUUAUAGUUCCAGCUGCAGCCUCCAUUGCUGGACUUGUAAUCAUUGUAGCUGGAUUGGCAAUGAGUUUAUGCUGGCGUAAAAGUAAAAAGCAGCAAGUAAUAUUAGCUGGGCCAGGGAAAAUGGAAGCCGAAACCAAAAGAGAACCACUGGAAUUGAAAAAGAGACGAUUUACAUACUCGGAGGUCCGUCAGAUUACCAAUAAUUUUCAGAGGAUUCUUGGUAGAGGAGGAUUUGGAACAGUAUACCAUGGUUACUUGGAUGAUCAUGAAGUCGCGGUGAAGAUGCUCUCGUCAUCCUCUAUUCAAGGGUGUAAGGAGUUCCAGGCAGAGGUUAAACUUCUUUUGAGAGUUCACCAUAAAAACCUGUUGUCCCUUGUUGGAUACUGCGAUGAACGCAAUGGCAUGGCGCUUAUUUACGAGUACAUGGCUAAUGGAAAUCUAAAAGAUUAUCUAUCAGAUGGCAAUGCAAAAAUUCUGAGUUGGGAGUGGAGACUCCAGAUAGCCCUCGAGGCAGCACAAGGAUUGGAGUAUCUUCAUAAUGGUUGCAAGCCACCAAUUAUACACAGAGAUGUGAAGAGCUCAAACAUUUUAUUGAACAAUAAAUUCCAAGCGAAACUGGCUGAUUUUGGCCUGUCGAGAACUUCUCCAGUCGAAGGUGGCUCACAAGUGUCAACCACAAUUGCUGGCACCGCUGGCUACCUUGAUCCCGAGUACUAUUUGACCAAUUGGUUAACAGAAAAAAGCGACGUGUUCAGCUUCGGAGUUGUUCUGUUAGAGAUAAUCACAAGCCAACCAGUAAUCUCCAGAACUCGAGACCAGGUUCAUCUAAGUAAAUGGGUUAGUUCCAUGGUCGAAAAUGGAUACGUUGAAGGUAUCGUCGAUCUACGAUUAGGUGACCAUUUCGACGUUAAUUCUCUAUGGAAAGUGGUUGAGCUCGCGCUGGCUUGUGUUUCAGCAACUUCUGCAGAAAGGCCAAGUAUGAAUCAAGUAGUGGUGGAAUUGAAUGAAUGUUUAGCAACAGAGUUGGCAAAAUCAGGGGAUGGAAAUAGCUAUGGAUCCAAAAAUUCUAUUGAAUUGAUGGCUGUAAAUGUGCAUACUGAACUAACUCCACUUGCAAGAUAGUAUUUUCAUUGUUUUGCUUGCAAAAUAUUAAGGCAACGAUUAGGCUAGAGAAGCCAAAUUACCAUUUUAGUAUUUUUACUAGUAAAAUGGUGUAUAUCAAUCAAUCCUUAAAUGGUUCACUUUUUUUUAGGUAAAUUGUGAUAAAUUCAACAGUUCAAGUUCAA